AAGCCCAUACUUUUGGGUCGAGAAACCGGACAGGAACUGUCAACUCCUUUAUUCCGAACUUUCUUCUCUGUUUUCUGAAAGGUGAAAAUGGCGGAAGAAGAAUCAACCAGAAUUCAACCAAGCAAUGGCGAAGGCGAAGAAGAUUAUAUGGGAGAUUUGUCUCAGUUUCUUCCUCCUGAGCCUUCCAACACUUCUAAAUUUUCUCUCAAAAAGAUUCCUAAUUCCAAUCCUUUGAGUUCCCAACCAUCGAAGAAAAAGUCCAAAACGUUGGACUGGCAAGAACAUCGUAAAAUUGAAAGAGAGAGAAAGCAGUUAGAAGAGGACCAGCAAACCUUAGCAAAAAUAGAUGCUCCAAUACCACAAUCUAACAUUGGGUUCAAGUUGUUAAAGCAAAUGGGUUACACCCCAGGCUCAGCACUGGGAAAGGAGGGCUCUGGUCGGGUUGAGCCAGUGGGGCUUGACAUUCGGAGGUCACGUGCUGGAAUUGGACGGGAAGACCCACUUAAGGAGAUGAGGAAGAGAGAGGAGAUUGAGUUCGAGAGAAAAAAGAAGAAUGAGGAGGCUUUGAUGGCAGAAUUUGGUUCAUGGCAAAAGUCACAAUGGCGUAGUAGGAGAGUUGUUGUAAACUACAAGAAGGCAAAGGCAGCCCUUGAUCAACUAGAGAAUAAAGAAGUUGUUGUGCCAAAGAAGAAUGAAGAGGAAGAGGAGGGGGGACAGGAUGAAGAGGAAGAAGAAGAGGUAACAGAAGAGGAUUUGCAAGAUAUAGUGAUGAAAUUGAGAGAUGAAUAUCAGUACUGCCCCUUCUGUGGAUUUCAAUAUGAAUCGAUGGAAGCACUUUUGUCCAGCUGCCCUGGAACAAAUGAAGAUGACCACUAGGGUGGAGUUUGCUUAUAGGAUGUUCAAAAAAUUUGUGUUUGAACCGAGUCUGGUGAAGGCAUUCCACUUUCACCCAGAUGUUUGAGGUUGCUGCUAAUGGGGUUUGUGGAAGCAGGUACAUUUCAGCGCUUUGCUAAUCACUUUUUAAAGUCAACAUGAGCAAAGAGCUGGGGUGCUGAUGGAUCAGUUGAACAGGGACUACAAAGAGAGGAUAAUAUAUAUAUGUAUGUAUGUAUACACACACACACACACACACAUCACACACACAUAUAUAUAUUUGCAGCACUAGGUGAUAAUCUUUAUUUUCUUUAAUGAAUAGAGACUAGGAAUGGAAUUGUAGAAGACAUGAAGAAAUCUAUGGUUUUCCACCACACCAUGAGUUGUAAGAAUUCAAGAGCCGAAUCACUGGGAAAUUAAUUAACAGAUUUGUUUUCUUUCUUAUUA